AGAGUCUGCAUGUGGCCUCACUUCCUGGGCUGUUACCUCUUGUGGAUUUGUGGUGUGGCACCGAGUGUCCGUGGCCUGUUUUUCCCUGGCAUUUUACACAUACCAGGGAGACUUUGCCCCUCAGAGCCCUUUGGUAGCGCUGUGUCCCAGCAUGGGCACCAGGGCUGGCUGGACGCCAAGACCCCUGGAGUGGUCCUUAUCAUCCUGCACCUUGUCUGGCAGUCUGGACCCAGUGGCAGCGCGGGGAGCGGGGAUGGGUAGGGAUCCCCUCCACAGCUCCGGGUGGACCGUGGGGGCGCUCAGGGUGCCGGCUCACCUGUCCCCGGUUGCCUUGGCAUGAGCGAGGAACAGGUGGGCGGGGUGUUCAGGUUGUGCCUCCCAGGAACUGCCUGUUUCAAGUGAUGAUCGAGCAGCGCUGCCUCCUGGGAUUUGGGUGGCGGGGCUCUCUGGUGCUCACCGUCUGUCUCCUCCACCAAACGCGCCUGCACGCCUCACCAAGCAGCUUCUGGAAGGGCCCUCCAGCCUGCUCGGGCUGCCCUGUCUGACUGCCUCUAACCUUGCUGCUUUCUCUUCAUGCUGUCCUAGGAGGUCAGAGUGAAAGUAAGUACCACCUGUCUCGUGCACCCUUCACCUGAGCCAGGGGACCCCCGGUGCAGCCGUCACUGCACCUGGGGGCAAGCAGCUGGGCUCGUUUUCUCUCCUGAGCUCCAGGAGCUGGACCUGCCGCUAUUCCGGCUCUGGCCCCACGGCCCAUUGGGUGGGGCGGCAGCAGCAAGCCGGUCCUGGUGCUUCCCUGGGCGGGGCCAGCUCCUACCUCAGCGGUGGGCUGGGUGCAGGUGCAGGCCAUGGAGCUGCGGCUCAGCAGGCCCUGUGCCUUGUUCAGGGGCCUCUUAAGAAGUGGCUUCCCCUCCCCUGAACUGUGGUCCCCAAAGCUCUGAGCAGAGCCUGGUCUGUGUUGGAGCCAAGGAGCGUUUAGGCCAACAGGGUCUGGCAGGGCUUGGGCACUGGAGGGCCAGCCUGUGGGCAGGGCCAAAGGGGCCUGGCGUUAGGUCAGAGGGCACACAAGCCCCGCCUGGUCAGCCCUCAGAAACAGUGGGUGAUGUCACAAUGCCCUGCCUCCAGGGCACACGCUCCCGCUUCCACCACUGCCUCUGUCGUCAGCCUGGCCUUGGUGAGUGCUGCUGCCAGCCUGGGCAGGAAGGCGCUGGGGGUGGCUCCGGCUCCUCACCUGUAGCACGUGCCAUUAGAGGCACCCCCCGCACCCUUCGAGUACAAGGGCAGUCUCCCCGAAUGCUAGGCUGCUGUGGGACUUCACCCAUGUGCCCCUUGGAGUAACGAGUCGGGUUUCGGUUUCAUUUGGGGUGUUAGGAGAGACUUCCAUCCCCAGGGGAGUGGAGUUGAAGAUUGCCUUCCCUCCGGAGACACGUCUCCUGGGAACAGGGGCCCAGCAGGUAGAUAGGCCGGUGGGUCUGCCCUCGCUUAGGCUCCGCCAUGAUCCACAGAGGCGGGACUGCGGGGGUGUCCCGAGGGAAAGCCGCUUAGCCCCUGGCAGGUUAGCACCUGGUGCUGGUCAGUCGGCAGGAUGCUUCUGCGUUGGGGAGCAGGCCCUGGAGUCGGGUCUGUAGCUGGGAAGGAACCCCCGUGCCAAUCACAGCCACCCCUCUAGACAGGCCUGCCAACUGUGAGCUCGGGGACCCUAGGCACAUCCCCUGAGCAGACUGGCCCCGACUCCUCUGUCGUUGUCAAGUGGGGGCCAGCCUUUCAACAGCACCACGCCUGGGAGCAGGGUGGAGGGGCCCCUGUGCCAGCAGCAGGGUCAGGGUGUGGAAGGGAGUGAGGCCAUCGCUGUCAGGCCAGCAGCCCUUGGAGCAGACGACUCAGGUCAUCUCCAACGAGGAAGCUGAGGCUUAUCCACCGGCCAUAGGUAGCAGGUGGGGCACAGAGCCAUUGUCCAAAUGAUGGUGCCCCUUACACCAGAUGGUGCUGAAGUGAGGGGUGGGGUCCCAACGUCCUGGGGCUCGGAGAUUCCCGGGGACCCCAUUAGUUUAGUGCACCCAAAGGUGUGAGCUGACCGCCUCCCGGUCGGAGAUGCCUGCAGCUGACCAAGGAGCUUGAUUCUCAGUCAGUGCCUGAGCCACACGGCUCCUCUGUGUGCGGUCACCAGCAUCCUCCCUGGUGUCUUCCCUGUGUGGCCUUGGGCUGGGCCCUCCACCCUCGGCUCCCAGCUCCCAUUUCUAAGACCCUAGGCAGCUCCUCCUGAGACGUGUGGUACUCUGGAUGGUGGUGUGGGUGACUCAGGCAGGGUGCACCAUGAUGGGUCAUCCCCAGAGACAGUGCUUUCCGUAAAACCCUUGUCUCGGGCCAGGCGGCUAGACUUAGCAAACUACAGGACUUUUAGUCAGAACUUCGGGUGAGCAGGGAGUAGCUGCGGUGUAAGGGAGCCUCAGGUAUUCCCCGGGGAGUGCUUUCCCUAAAGGCUGUUUGUUGGUCCGAAAGUCACGUUAACAGUGCAUUCCAUGUCAGACCUGGCGACCCUGCCUGGAGAGUCUGGCGGAAGUUUCUGGCCAAAGAGGUUUGGAGUCAGUGUUCUCCAGACCCCUUUGAAGAGCUUGGUGCCUGUGGGGUUGGCAGAGACAGGCCUGAGUUAAAAGAAUACGUGUUUACACCCCAACGUCUGUAUGUUAGUUUCCUGCCUUGCCGAGCACCCGUGGAUUUGACUUGGGCCCUUGCAUGUUGCGUGAUGGCACCCCCAUUGGGAAGCGUCCCCAGGCCCCUCUGGCACCACUGGUCAGGCCGCAGAGGGAGGGGUGGGACUCUGGCCGCGGGCUCACUGCGUUCAAUCGCCUUCUUGUGCUUGCCUUUAACGCUGCGCGGAAGAUGAGGAGCGGGAAGGCCUGCGCCCUGGAGACCGCCUGGGAGGACACGCAGAAGCAUGGGGCGGCCGAGUGCCAGGCCGUGCGAGCCGCCGCUGCCCCGCAGCUCCUGGCCGAGGCGCCGGCCGUGAACGGGCCCGGUCAGGAGGACGCCGAGGAGGCAGAGGCCCCCGACAGCUGUACGGGCGACCCCGGGAAGAGCCACAGUGGGAGGAGGCCCCUGCAGAAGAGGAAGCGCUCCCCGAAGAGCGGGCUCGGCCAGGCGGACCUGGCCCUCGUGGGCCUCUCAGCUGACCACGUCUGGCUGGACAAGCCACUUUUCGACCAGGCCGAGAGCUCAUACCGCCAGAGGCUGGCAGACGUGGCUGCUCAGGCCACCCGGCCACCUGCUCUUGGCCCCAGGGGUCCCUGUACCCACGGAAGCCAGAUGGCUUGCCACCACGUCACCUGGGGUGUCUGGGUCAACAAGUCCGCCUUCGACCAGGCUGAGCGGGCAUUCGUGGAGUGGUCUCAGGCUCUGCUGUUGGCCGCAGAGGGGAGCAACAGGCAGGGGGCUCCCGACACCGGCCAGCGGGCACCCGCCCCUGACCUGGCCCUCACCCACCAGCCCAGCCUACCAGCCAAUGGCCAGCCCCCACUGGGCAGCCUUCAGGCGCUGGUGCGGGAGGUGUGGCUGGAGAAGCCCCGGUAUGACGCUGCCGAGAGGGGCUUCUACGAGGCCCUGUUCGACGGCCACCCGCCUGGGAAGGUGCGCCUGCAGGAGCGGGCCAGCCAGGCCGAGGGCGCCAGGCGGGGCCGCAGAGAUCGGCGGGGCCGCGCCACCAUGGGAAGCAAGCGGGCCGGGCCUCGGCGGGUCGAUGGGGAGGUCCCCCCGGCCCUGCCCUACUGGUACUUCCUGCACAAGGAUGCCGAGGCCCCCUGGCUCAGCAAGCCCGCCUACGACAGUGCAGAGUGCCGCCACCAUGCUGCCGAGGCCCUGCGCAUGGCCUGGCGCCUCGAAGCCGCGUCUCUGGCUCAGCGACCCGGUGUCCGUUCUGGCCCAUCUAUGUCCAGCCUGAGACCCAACAGGAAGAUGGCUACAAACUUCCUUGUGCACGAGAAGAUCUGGUUCGACAAGUUCAAGUAUGACGAUGCAGAAAGGAAGUUCUACGAGCAGAUGAACGGGCCUGCGGCUGGCUCCUCACGCCAGGAGAACGGCGCCAGCGUGAUCCUCCGCGACAUUGCGAGAGCUAGAGAGAACAUCCAGAAAUCCCUGGCCGGAAGCUCGGGCUCCGGAGCCUCCAGCGGGCCUGGCGGAGACCACAGUGAGCUCAUCACCCGGAUCGCGAGCCUGGAGGUGGAGAACCAGAGCCUGCGAGGCGUGGUGCAGGAUCUGCAGCGGGCCGUCUCCAAGCUGGAGGCUCGGCUGAGCGUGCUGGAGAGAAGCUCACCUGCCCACCGGGCCGCAGCCCCACAGACCCAGCACGUGUCUCCCAUGCGCCAAGUGGAGCCCCCCAAGAAAGUGGCCACCGCUGCGGAGGAUGACGAGGACGACGACAUUGACUUGUUCGGCAGCGACGAGGAGGAUGACAAGGAGGCGGCCCGGCUGCGGGAGGAGAGGCUGCGGCAGUACGCGGAGAAGAAGGCCAAGAAGCCCGCGCUGGUGGCCAAGUCCUCCAUCCUCCUGGACGUCAAGCCCUGGGACGACGAGACGGACAUGGCCCAGCUGGAGGCCUGCGUGCGCUCCGUCCAGCUGGACGGGCUGACCUGGGGGGCCUCCAAGCUGGUGCCCGUGGGUUACGGCAUCCGCAAGCUACAGAUCCAGUGUGUGGUGGAGGACGACAAGGUGGGGACGGACAUGCUGGAAGAAGAGAUCACCAAGUUCGAGGAGCAUGUGCAGAGUGUUGACAUAGCUGCCUUCAACAAGAUCUGAGCCCUGGCACUGGGCCUGGGUGGCGAGACCCUGCAGCCAUUAAAGACUUGAGAUUCUGGC